AGUCACCAGUCGCAGAAGACAACUCUUCCUCUCUGGUCCAUCUGCAGCCGACCAAGCCAGGCACCAUGAAGGUUUUGGCACUUAUCCUUCUUAGCGUUGCCCUCGUCUCGGCGCAGAACGGUGGAGGACGUCACAAGAGGGGCGGUCUCGGCCUGGGAGUGUACUCGGAGACGGAAACAGCGGUGACGGAUGACGUGCAUGUCGACCACGUCCCGGUGGCACACGCCCACCUGGACCACCACGCCCACCACGCGCACUACGCGCACCACCACGCCCACCACGACUUCCACCUGGCGCCCAACGGCCAGCCCAUCCUGGCGCACGGCAAGCCCCACCUCACGGGCGUCACCUUCCACAAGGCGGUGAAGGUGGCCGUCAGGCACCCGGUGCCCGUGCCCGUCCCCAGGCCCGUCGCCGUGCCCGUCGAGGUGCCCGUCCAGGUGCCCGUCGACAGGCCGGUGGCCGUGCCCGUGGAGAAGCCCUACCCGGUGCACGUGUACCGCGACGUGCCCGUCGAGGUGGUUCACGAGGUGCCCUACCCCGUGGAGCACGUUGAGCACGUGCCCGUCCACGUGCACGUGCCCGUGCCUCGCUGGCGCCCCGUGCCCGUGCCCCACUACAUCCCCAAGCACGUGCCCGUGCCCGCGCCGUACCCCGUCACCAUCCUCGUCAAGGAGCACAUCUGGAAGAAGGGCGGCUGGUGGUGAGCCCGGGCGAAUGCCCCAACGCGCUGCGCAUGCUCGCACGCUCCUCGUCUGUGAUCCUCAUCGUUCAUUCAUUUCAUUUCGAUUAUUCUUUUGCUCAUUCGCUUUAAAUUCGAUUCAUUACUUGAUUACUAUGUCAAAAAAGUCUAGUCUAUAAAUUUGCUGGCAAUCUAGUCCAAGUGUGCUCCCAGGUAGAGUAGUCCUUCCAAAGUGCCAAUAUUGUUAUUAACAUUGUUCUAUUAAGUUUUUGUUUGUUUUGUUGAUAUUUUUAGCAAGAUAAUAAAAGAAUGUAGCUAACAACA